CCCCGUAAAAAAAAAAAAAAAAGAAAGUGCCAAAGUUUAACGGAGCAGAGCAGAAAUCUGUAAAACGGACAGGCAGACAGGGAGCAUCAGGAUUUGACAACUAUGGCAACUAUCCGUCGACAAAUCACUUACACACCAAAAGCUCCUGUCAGACAGGGAAUAUACAGCCAGGCGGUGGUUGUGGACCGAACCAUGUACAUCUCUGGUCAGCUGGGGCUGGACGUGGCCUCCGGGAAGCUGGUAGAUGGAGGAGUGCAGGCCCAAGCCAAACAGGCUCUUAUCAACAUGGGGGAGAUCCUUAAAUCUGCUGGUUGUGACUAUAGCAACGUGGUGAAGACGACUGUGCUGCUGGCAGAUAUAAACGACUUCAACAGCGUCAACGAGGUCUACAAGACGUUUUUCAGUAAAAAUUUCCCUGCAAGAGCCGCCUAUCAAGUUGCCGCUCUGCCCAGAGGUGGACUGGUGGAGAUUGAGGCCGUCGCUGUUCUCGGUCCUCUCUCUGACUCCUGACUAUCCGGCCACAUCGGAAACAAGUUGUAGCCAAACCGUCUCGUUAAACCAUCCAAACCGUUAUCUCCUGACUUUUGUUGCAGAUGGACCAUUUUCAAACCUUUAGAUUUGCCUUUCACAAUAAAUCUCUGCUUGGAAAUCUGGCAAACUGUACAUGAACUAAAGCAUAAAAAGUUACUCAUUUUCUGUUUGUUUGUUUGUUUGUUUUUUCACAUAAACUGACACAUAUGCAAUAAAAAUGUAGUAAAACCUCAAA